UCUGAAAACGAUUGUGGGGAUCCUGAAACAGAUGACCAAUGAAGACGAUGUGCUGAAAGCAUUCUCAGUGAUGAAACCACUGAUUGGACACGACGACUUCGACGGAAUUCUUGAGAGUCUACAGAAAAUAUCUGGAGAAAGAGAUCCUCAUGAAAUAGCUGAUCACUUCGAACAUAUCGCUCAUACUAAUGGUGUGGAGGGCCUGAAAAUGGAGAUACUAAAACUAACGAGUGGCCUUGGUCCGGCUGAAUUCCCGAGGUUACUGAAAGUUCUACUGCCAGAAAUAGACCUGAAAGGAGCCUUCAAUCUUCUAUUAUUGGGUACACGGACAGUGGACAUCGGUGAUGCUAUCGCAGCGCUCAAUCAUUUACUGAACACAAAAUCACUGACAGACAGUUUAGUAAUGCUGAAAUCGAUAACCAAACAGACCCAAACAAAGUACGCUUUAGAAGAACUGACGCAGGCUGUUAAUAGAGGAAGUCUCAGGGUGAUAAUUGAGAACCUACACAAAAUUGGAGGAAACGAUAAUUUGCUGGAAGUUCAAGCUGCUUUCAAAGAUGCUUUUGGGACGGACAAUAUUGUUAAUAUUAUACACAAAAUAAAUAAAGUGUCCAAACGUCAGGAUGCACUCUACUUCUUGAAUUCUUUACUCGACGUAACCCAAACGAAAAACAUUAGAGAAGCUGCCAAAUUCAUUUUGGGUCUUACUUCUAAGGAGACUAAUCUCUUGGACUUUUUGGAGUUAAUUCGCGUUAAUUCAGGACACGACGAUAUUAUAGACUUUUUCAAAAGGCUAAUGUCUAUCACUGGAACCAAAUCUCUCCAAGAAGCGUGGCAAGUGAUCGCCACAGUGACAUCUAUAGACGAUAUAUUUGUAUUCUUCGAUGAAGUGUACAAGUACACGGAUGUAGAGGUGAUUGUAUUCCUGGAAACGAUAUUACGAGUAACCAACGCUACUAAUAUUAAGGUUGCCGCUUCCAUGCUGAAGAAGAUCAGUGACGUCGAUGAACUGUUCGAUAUAAUUCAGCUGAUUUUUGAUAUUACUGAAAUGGAUAUCGUCCUGUUCUUCGAAAACAUUAUUACGAUCAGCAAAGCGUAUUAUUUGGAGGAAGCUGUUUUUAUAACUGAAGAGUACACGGCGACCGACAAUUUCAUUGACGCUUUGAGAGACCUGAAAAGGGCAACCGGGCAAUCAACUAUCCUCCAAGCGAUAGACUACAUAAAGAAGAACAAACCACGCAUAGAAAGAACAACAACUACUUCUACGGCAAAAUCUUCUGAAUAUGCCACAGAAGUUACCUCUUCUCCUACAAGUACUACAGAAGAAUCAAGUACUAAACAAAAUAAUGCCGCAACAGCAGAAAAUAAUGUUCAACAAGACACUACAACAUCAACAAUAAAGGAGACUACAGCUAAAGAAGAAUUAACAACUAUACCAAAUUCUUCUGCAAAAGAAACUACUGUAGAAAAGAUUACAGAAGAAUCUGGCAGUACAGAAGAAGCAACAGAACAAAUGACGUCCACAGAAGAGUAUACCAAAGAAGUGAUCACUUCUACUGAAGAAACGAAAGUUCCAGAAGGAACCACGGCACAGAAGACUCUAAAUGACAUUUUAACUACACAGUCUUCUAUACAGUCUACUGCUGCUAAAGAUGUGACUGCAGAAGUUACUCCAUCUACAGAAGAUAAUGUAACUGUAACCCAAAGUUCUACAGAAAAGAGUGCAGAAGGGACAACUCCAGAAGUUUCAACAAAUACAACUCCUAGAGACGAAUCAGUCGAAAAGACUACAAAAUUAGAUCAAACUCCUGAAAUUAGCACUGAAAAUUCACCGACUACUAUUGAAAAUACCACUCCGAAAGACACUGAACAAGUAACUGAUAAAUCUUCUACAUACAGCGUAACUGAGAAGAAAAUUGAAGAAGAAUCAACUACUGACCAACAGACUACACCAUCAGUAGAAGCUAGUACACAAAGAAAAGAGGAUUCUAAGCCUACAGAAGAGAUAUUAACCACGUCUUCAGUAGAAACAUCAACUAAAAUCACAACAGAAGAAUCCAAAACUACCACAGAAGGUAAUAAUGCUAGUGAAAAGACCACAGAAAAAUCCCCUGUCAAUGAUGUACAAUCUACUACACCUACGUCCACAGAAAAUAUAAAUGCACCUUCUACAGAAUCUAGCGUUGACACAACAGCUGUAGAAAUCACCAAAGAAUCCACAACUACAACACAAAAAUCAAAAGAAGAAUCAAGCACUACAACCAAAUCAGAAGACUUAAACACCGCGGCAGAAGAUAAAACUUCUGAGAAAUUCACUUCGACAGAAACUUACAUUUCACGUUCCAGAAGUACAGAAGACUCAUCUUCUGACUGCUCUUCCUCUUCUUCCUCAGAAGAGUUCAGUUCUGAAGUUCCUAGUACAGAAGAAAAUACACCUACAACAUCUGACAAGGCAAUUUCUACUACGGAAGCCAUUUCUUUAUCUACAGACAAUUCUUCUUUACCAACUUCUACUGAACAAGCGCCAAUUGAAAUUACUUCAACUGAGACGAUUGAACAAACUUCUCCAACUCAAUUAACUUCUACUCAAGAACCAACUUUGUUGACAACAACGGCUCAAGAACAAACAACAGUUGUUACAACGGAACAACAAACAACUGAACAAGGAAACCUUGAAACGACUUCAUCAACUCAAGCGGUUGAACCAAUUCAAACAACAACAACUUCACAACCUUUAGAAACCACUGAAGAGGCUACUACCACUGAGAAAUCUACUGAAUCAGAUAUAACAACAGUUCAAACAACUAUAGAACAAAUGUCAACUACAUAUUUACCGUCAACUGAAGCUGACACUAAAACAGUCGAAACAACUACAGAACAACCAACCACAGAAGCUAAUUCUGCUGAUAAAACAACUAAUCAGUCACCAACAACUGCUUCAGAAGAGAAUAUUAAUCAAACAAGUUCUUCACAACCUAUACAACCAACCACAGAAGCUAAUUCUGCUGAUAAAACAACUACUCAGUCACCAACAACUGCCUCAGAAGAGAAUAUUAAUCAAACAAGUUCUUCACAACCUAUACAACCAACCACAGAAGCUAAUUCUGCUGAUAAAACAACUAAUCAGUCACCAACAACUGCUUCAGAAGAGAAUAUUAAUCAAACAAGUUCUUCACAACCUAUACAACCAACCACAGAAGCUAAUUCUGCUGAUAAAACAACUAAUCAGUCACCAACAACUGCUUCAGAAGAGAAUAUUAAUCAAACAAGUUCUUCACAACCUAUACAACCAACCACAGAAGCUAAUUCUGCUGAUAAAACAACUAAUCAGUCACCAACAACUGCUUCAGAAGAGAAUAUUAAUCAAACAAGUUCUUCACAACCUAUACAACCAACCACAGAAGCUAACUCUCUUGAUGAAACAACUAAUCAGUCACCAACAACUGCCUCAGAAGAGAAUAUUAAUCAAACAAGUUCUUCACAACCUAUACAACCAACCACAGAAGCUAAUUCUGCUGAUAAAACAACUAAUCAGUCACCAACAACUGCCUCAGAAGAGAAUAUUAGUCAAACUUCUACACAACCUAUAGAAGAUACUACUUCUACAACAGAAGCUAACAUAAUUGAUACAACAAGCGAAGUUACUUCUGAACAAUCUGCAUCAACAAGUCAACACAAUACAGAAUCUUCUAUUAUGACCACGACAGGAGACCAACCAACAACUAUUUCGGCAAUAAAAGACCAAGGAACAACUCAAUCAACAACAACUCAAGUUACAUCAAUAGACCAUUCAGAAGAAUAUGUUAGCUCAGAAGAAUACAACUCAUCUGCGUAUGAUUCUACUGAAAACAGUUCCGAAGAAGAAACUCAAAGACAAGGGGAAUACGACUCAAAAUCGGUUGAGGAUCUAGAAUCGGUAGAGGGGACUACUGUUCCUAUGUCUUUUGGUUCAACAACGGAGACUUUGACAACUGUAACUUUAGGACAAUCGUCCACAGAUAUGUCUAGUUCGAAACAACCAAAUAUUAAUGAAUUAGUUACAACAACAGCUCAAUCAGUAACUGAACAAAUUACAACUCCAGUUUCGUCAACAAAGCAAGAAGAAUUAACAACUGAAGCUCCGACAACAACUCAAUAUAAUCCUUCAACAACAGAUAUUUCAUCUACAACAACUCUUUCAGAAGUUCCACCAACUCAACCCUCUCAUGAUGAACCUACUACAGAACGACUUACAACUCAAAAUACACCUUCAUCAGCUGAUAUAGCUACUGAACCAACUUCUCCUGAAGAAAUAACAACAACGCAAUCAGUUUCUACUGAUCAGUCAUUAACAACUGAGGCUGCCACUACUCAAGUAGUUUCAUCUACGACUACUGAGCCAACUGAUAAUGUGUCAACACAAGAGAUUACUACUACUGAACGGUCUGUAGCUACUGAGAUAUCAACAGCUCAAGCUUCAUCAACAACUGAGUCGACAAUAGCCGCAGAACAACUGUCAACUGAGGAGAUAUCGACUGAGGAUGUAUCUUCGUCAUCAGACUCUUCAUCUUCUUCGUCAUCAUCAGAACAGGUAACCAGCACUGAACAGGUACCACUCAGUCACCAGUGA